UCAGUUAUUCAUUUUCUUAUUUAAAGAAUCCUUUUAAUACGGUCACUACGUACGUUAACACGGCCAAAUGUUUGUGGCACGUUAGUGAUCAGAUUGAUAACGGAGUUUCACUGUAGAAUGCUAACUGACUAGAACAAACCCUGAGAAAGAAGUUACUGGCCGUGUACAAUGACACUCUAUGCCUGUUACACCACCCAGUUGGAAACUCUUGCCAGCGGACGAUACCAUUAGGCGCCAUUUUAAAAAAAAUAUAUUUUUAUUUGCUCUGAUUCUUGUUUAACACAAUUUUGAGUCAAGACUUGCCAUGUUAUUUCUUGGAGAUAUACCUUAAUAGAGAUGAAUAAUCAAAGGGUAUCUAUAUGGCUGGAUAUAAUGAGAAAAAUAUUUAACUCUACUGAAAAUCUGCGAAUAUAUGAGCAAAACAACGAUGGCAACAGAAAGUGAUGAUGUGGUUUCCACUACUUUUCCAAAGGAGAUCUGUUUUAUAGAUUCACAGAUAAACAGUCUGUUUGACUUUCAUCUGGAUCCAGGAUUGAUUUCUAUAAAUCUGCACUGCAACAACAUUUCUGUUAUAGAAAACCUUGACCGACUUCAGCACCUCAAGUAUCUUGAUUUGUCGUCAAAUCACAUCACAAGAAUUCAAGGACUAGGUGGUCUGAAGAGCCUCAAGACCCUUAACUUAUCCUGCAAUGAAUUACAAGUUGUGGAAGGACUUGAGAACCUGAGGAAUCUGAUGAGGCUGGACUUAUCGUACAAUGCAAUUCAUAAUCUAUCAGGGUUGAAGAAACUUCAUGGACCUGUCUUUAACUUGAGGAACUUAUAUCUCCAUGGAAACCAGCUCACCUCACUGGAUCAUGUAAUCAGUUGUCUUAUUGGCUGCAGAAUGCUUAAAGAACUUACACUGUCUCAAUAUGGAGAAGCUAAUCCUGUGUGUGAGAUAUCAGCUUACCGAUCUGGUGUACUCACAGCGUUGAAAACACUGGAAGUGUUAGAUGGGCUUGACCGGACGGGAAAGCCAGGGGCAACAAGGGACAAUGUGUUUAUGGAAAUGGAGGACUAUGUAGAGUAUCUUAAAUCAGAAAGUUCUACUGAGAGCCCUUUGAAAGAUUCCAAGUAUGAAGUUAUGACUCCAAGAAUUGACUCAGUGCUGGACAGAUUCAGACAACGAGGGCCACUGUUAUCAUCAGAAACAGACACUGGAGAGGAGAGGAUAACAGAAGAUCCCCCAGUGAAGAAGCCACCAGCAAGAGUCAGCCUGUCAGCUGAUCAUGAAGUUCGUUUAGAGACCCUUGAACAUCAGCUCACUCGUUUGAUUCACAACACGGUGAGUUGAAUGUUGCUCAGGUCCUGGGUAUAUAUUUAAAUUUAUUCCUUGUCUUGAAAACUAAACUCUCUACGGGGAACAGAACUCAGUGGCGGAUCCAGAUUUUGAGCUAAGGGGGUGGGGGUGGGAGGCGGUUUUGUUUU